AUGGGUUCGAUCCCAGCCGCGGACGGCGAAGUACCUCCUCCUCUCACCCUUCAUUCACUCGUCGUCACUUCAUUGACUUCUCACGGGACCCCUCCCCACCAGCCUGGGCGGCAGACCCGCUCCCACCCCCGGUCCCUCCUGGCGGCCGCUGGCGGAGCGGUUUGGAUGGAAAAGCGGCGAAGUUUACCCGCAGCUGUGGCAUCGGUGAGACCACACCUGGAGCGGUCACACCUGGAGCGGUCACACCUGGAUCCUCCACAUCUGGAGCCGUCACAUCUGGGGCUGUCGCCGCCGGAGCCGCGGCGGUUUUGGCCCCGCUCGGAGGCGGACACGAACACAGGAGGUCCCGACUGCAGAUUCCCUGCACAGUGGGACACUGGGAUAUUCGGGAAAUAUUCCAAUGUGUGUCUCCAUGGUCAUUGGGUGAGAUCUGUCACAGCAAUGGUUGGUCACCUGAACCUGCAAGGGGUGGAUGAGAUCUUUGAGACUGCCUGUACAAAGCCGCACAGUUUUUUGGAUGGUGCUGACCACAGGCUCCCUCGGACCAUUGAUCUGCCCUUGCCGGCACUUUCUCCAAGGACCCCAGAAAACAAACACGGCUGGGCAGCCCCCGGACUCAGAAGCCCAGCAGUUGGAUCGAGCCAAGAGGGUGAAGUGCUUUUGAAAAUUGUCCUGGACUCGGCCGCCUGUCCAAAGUCGGCACUGCAGCCGGUGUUAUUUGGUGAAAGCAUCGAGAUCGAUUCAGGACCAACACAGGAGAUUCGGUGGACAGCCGCCGUCUUCUGCGAACCGGAGCGGCGCUACCGGGCCGCCGUGUUCUGCCCGCCCGUCGCCACCGUCACCUCGUUCGGCGAGAGAGUGAUCGCGGCCGCCGGCUGCUCCUGGAGGAGCUACAGGACCCAACUUCUUCUGGAGCCUCGCCCGAGGCCGCGGCGCUUCGAGACGGCCGCCCUGCUGCUCCCGCGGGGCCCCGUCCGCCACCGCACCGGCCUGAGGCGCGACUGCGGUCCGCCGGGCCGCUGGUACCGGAGCAGCCUGGUGCUGGAGAGGGCGGGGCCGGGGCCUUGUCCGUCACCAGACCCCGCCCACUGACGCACGUCAAUUAAGGAGCCCCGCCCACCGACACACGUCAAUCACAGACCUCGCCCACGGACAUGUCAAUCAUCAGACCCCACCCAUGGACACACGUCAAUCAACAGGCUCCGCCCAUUGAGGCCCCCCCACCUGCCCAGUGACCCGGCCCCUCCUGCCCCCAGCUGUUGGCCGGGGGGAGGGGGGGGAUUGCUCAGGGACCUCCAGGGGCCGGGAUCAAACUUUGCACGGGUGGUCUGGGGUCACAGACUGAGACGGGGUCAGACCCAGGAUCAGAGGCAGGGGUCAGACCUGGGGUCAGAUCUGGGGUCAGAUCCAGGGGCGGGGGUCACA